AUGGACACGCUGAGCCACUUUCUGCGGCGAUCGUCGCGCAACCGCCGUGCAAUGGCUCUUGGCAACAACAACGCCAGUGUCGAGCGCGUCUUGCAGGAAGCGAGCCUGCUUCAAGAAGCCCCAUCUGCGAUUUCCUCGCCCGUUUCGAGCGUGCCACCGCCGCUGCCCGAUCGGCCACCAGCGACGCAACCUUCGCGACUGCGAACUUCAGCCCUUCGUCGCCGUGCCACCUUCAGAACUGAAAACGGCGAUCAACGUCUUACACUACGAGAUCGACGACACUUUCUUCGAACACUCGAGUCUCAGCGCUCCAGAUCGAAUCUUUUGGCAACAAAAAGUCAUCUCUCUUCUUCUGUGAAGCAGACAUCGCGCCUGUUCGAUAUUUGGAGCGAAAUAAUCAAAGGUGUCCAGGGCAGACAUGGCAGCUUCGUUGCGUCUUAUUUUUACUUUCUGAAGUCGCUCCUUCAAUUCUACGCUCUCCCUUCCUUUCUAUGUAUAUUGUUUAUAUAUUCGCCUUACAGACGCCACGAAAAUCUAACUGACGAACUCAAUAAUGCGACAUCAAAGAAGUUUCAUUUAAAAGACCUUGUCACUGGCGAAGGAUGGUUUCUCAACUCAGGUCUAUAUUUUGGCUCAUAUCCCACCGAUUCUGCUCUUUCGUCCUAUAGCAUUCCGACGGCGUAUGCAACAACCAUUUUGGUUAUUUUUUGUAUUUCAGCAGUUCGCAUCUUCAAUCAAGGGAGACGUCAUUUUUCCCUAGCUGUCCACUAUCAAAUGAUGUCUCAAAAUGGAAUCUCCAAACUUCUUCUUUCUGGGUGGGAUUACUCGAUCGUGGACCCUCACAUGGCGAAUCUCCAGAAACGUUCGAAUGCACUCUUCAUCAAAGAAAAGCUUGCAAAGGACUCAAGAGCUACUUCGUCGGUAGUGAUUAUGUGGACAAAGUCUGCAUUCAUCUGGAUUCUUUGUUUGACCCUUGUUUUCGCUUCAUGCGUCAUGAUUGUAAUUAUCGGUCGGAGACAUUAUGACGACUUCUUAUACGCCUGCAAAUACUGGUAUCGGCCGUGUCCUGAAACAGAGAAGAUUCCGCUUAUUAUUCCCGCUCUCACAUCGUUACUUUCAUGUCUUCUUACUCGCCUAUUCGUGGUGCUUGGAGAAAUGGAGCAUUUCAACAAUGAACACAGAAUAAUCUUAACGAUCACUAGAAUCCUAGUCAUGCGAUUCGCACUGUUGACGUCGCUUAUUUACGAACUGAGCGAACGAUCUCAGAAUGAAGACUGCUGGGAAGAUGUGAUAGCACACGAACUCUACAAGUUCUUUUUCUUCGACACGAUGUGCUCGUUCUUGAUCAACACAAUUUUCUGCGAGUGUCUAGUGUCACUAGUUCGAAAAGGAUGCUCAAUGAGACCUCCUGUUUUCGACGUCAUUUCGAAUGGAAUCGAAAUAGUCUUUGGCUGUUCUAUUACGUUUCUAGGAUUAUAUUUUUGUCCGCUCCUUCUUCUUGGGGCCGUUGGGCGCGUGUUUAUCACAUUUUAUGUAAAGAUCUUGGUUGUCAGAUACGUUAGCGAUGAGCCCCACGAUGUUAUCACCCUUGGCGCGAUCUCAACGAUGACCACUGUUUCCGAGACGCUGUCCUUUUGCUACUCAAUAAUCCUCAUGAUUGCUGUUGUCCUCCCGAAAAACACCUCGAACUCUUGUGGCCCGUUUAGAAAUCUCGAAUAUCCAUUGCAAAUAUUUUCCUCUUUGGCGAACAAUGCGGCUCACAUACGCCAAGCAUUCGACAAAACUGUUAGCAUCCUGACUUCAUCUGUCCUUCUCAGUCUCCUAAUUCUAUCGUUGUUUGGACUUAUCCUAGUCGUACACACAAGAAUUCGCGGUCAAAAUCGCGAAGUUCAUCGGCUCAAGAAAAUGCUUAAGAAACGAGGGUACACAACGCAGCUCCGCAGUUAA